CCAACGAAAUGGGCGGCGAAGUAGAAACGAGGAAAUCACUGAUACACACUGCAGGGUUUAUUCAGCGUAGACGUAUGUAAGUUAGAAAGAAAGAGCUGAGUACUUCAACUAACCGCGUGUUAGUCGGUAGAAAUGAGCGAUAGCACAGUGUCCUGCAUACUUUGUCAGCGGUCCGAAGAGACGAAGACAACCGGAACGUUGUCGACUAAAGAUGAAGUCACGGCGCACCAGAACUGCCUGUUAUUUUCUUCUGGGAUUUUUUGCCGGGAUUCACCAGAGUUCGACGACCUGUUUGGCUUCUCGGUGGAGGAUGUGCUGAAGGAGGUGAAACGAGGAAGCAAACUGACUUGUAACCACUGCAAGAGAAAGGGAGCCACUGCUGGGUGUGAAGUCAAACGCUGCCAGAAGUCCUACCAUUACCCAUGUGCUGUUAAAGAGGGAGCCAAGGCUAUUGAGGAUGAAGUCAAUGGGAGCUAUGUGAUAUACUGCUCACCCCACUAUGAGCGGCAAAUACAAGCACAGGAGUCCAUAAAUAGAAUCGCUUCUUCCACCAAAAAGCCCAGGACCUCCAAAACCCUCAAAAACUCCAGUGAACCUGGACCAUCUAAGGAGGUAUUUUGCCUAGCUUGUGAGCAGAGAGAAGGAAAUGUCAGCUUGGAAAGUUUGUCUAAUAGCAUUAUGUUAUAUUGUGACAAACAUGUUCCUGCGUCACAUAAGAAGAACGGCAAUGGAGCCGGACCCUCUGCACACAACAGUGACUCCAGCUCAUCCAACAGUACCACGCGUACCUCUAGCAAGAGAUGGUUGGGUGACUGUGACAAGCAGGAGGAGACCCGCUAUAAACAUAAACCUGAAGGCUGGAAGAAGAGAAUCUCUGAUUCUUCAAAUUCAGUUGACAAUGACAAUGAAGACAACAUGCCAAUGGAUAUAUGUGCCCCGUUAGAGUCUGAUAUAGAUGAAAGUGCUAAUUCAGUUCCAGAACUCAAAACUGUGCCUGAAGUUAUCAGAAGAGACAUUGAGAACCCCGCUGGGUCUCCGUCAGGAAAUCAUGUGGAGGAUGAAAAUGAUAAAGACACAAUCAUAGACUCUGAUGCUGAGUCAGAGAGUCUGCUGCUUCCUGUGGAGAUCUGUGUACUGCCUGAGCCACUUACAUUGUCAACUGCUGAACUCUCCCCUCAGACUGAAUCCGCUCCACAAGAAGAUUUUUUAGUUAAGGCCGAUAUAGAGCCGGUCAAGAAAAUGCACAAGGGGUCCAGGCCUGAGCAAAAAGCUGUCCAAAGCCCUGGUCAACACACCAGUGCACCCUCUGUUCCACGGCCAAGCUCCGCUGACCUCCUUCCUUCUUUUGGCCAGUCCAAAUCACCUCCCUGCACCAGCCCGGCCAUUUUCCCGGCUCCGCCUGAACCCGUUUGUGUAUCCAUUAGGUCCUCUUCCUCUCCUGUGGCGCUUCCCUCAGUUUCAGAGCCUAAAAUCGACUCCACCACCUUCUGGAAAAGCUGUAAUGUAGCGGGAUGUACACAGGCCAUCUUCACUGACUUCAUUAAUAGCAUGAAUGAUAUCUCCAACAAAAUCCAGUCAGAUCAGGCCAGCCAAGAGGAAUAUGAUCUUGCACUAUCGGUGAUGGCAGCUUCUGGAAAAUUGGCAGAGUUUGUGGCUAAGCAGCAGGAAGAGCUACAGAAGAAACAAACGGACCUGCAGAAGGCGGCAGCAGCAAUGAAAGAGGUCGUCUCCGCACUGAGAAAAUGAGUUGAUGAGCAGCUAUCGUAAGAAUGUGACCGCCAGCUUUUAAAGAAGGUUUUUUUUUUUUUGUCUUUUUGAACUUGCAAAUUUUUAAAUUUUUUUAACAUUUUAUCAAAACGGUAUAUUUAUAUUUUUAUAUUGGGUAUGCCUUAAGACUAUGACAGUGUGAUUAUGAAAGUAAAAAAAGAACUGAAAUCUGGCAGGAAGUCCAUGAAAAGCUUUGCUCUCAGAUUUGUAUUCAGGCUUGUUAUCUUUUGCCUAUAUUUUCAUAGUUUUCUAUAAAUCUUUGUAAUUGACAAUGUCCCACAAACAUCUUGAAAUGAAAACACUCAAGUUUUCCCUAUAGUGUUUAUGGAAUUUCUUUAUCGAGAAAGGUCACAAGAAAAACAAAGAGGAUGUUUUUUAAUGUUUGAGAAAUGUAAUGUUGGAAUAAUGAUGGUAAUUUGUGUAAAAGUGUAAAGUGU